ACUUCUUGGCAUCUUUUCGCCAAGAUUGAGCGAGCCCUCUGUCUUAGACUUCUCCGAUUCUCAGCCCAGACUGACCUAGUCAGGCACAGCUACAGUUUUUGCUAAAUACCGAAGAUGGCGGCAAGUGUACUUUCCAUGUUGGCAUUUCCCGAAUCCUUCACUGUCACAGAGCUCCUUAUGGCCUCUGCUGUCUUCUGCCUGGUCUUCUGGAUCAUUGAAUCUUACACUCAAAGGGUACCCAAAGGACUAAAGAGCCCACCUGGACCCUGGGCUUGGCCUCUGAUUGGCAACAUAUUGACCCUGGGAAAGAAUCCCCACAUGGCCCUGGCACAACUGAGAGAGAAGUAUGGGGAUGUGAUGCAGAUUCAGAUUGGCUCCACCCCAGUGCUUGUGCUGAGUGGCCUGGAAACGAUCAGGCAGGCCCUGGUGAAGCAGGGGGAUGACUUCAAAGGCCGACCUGACCUUUACACCUUCUCCUUAAUCACCAAUGGCCACUCCUUUACUUUUAGUGCUGAUUCAGGGGAGGUCUGGGCAGCUCAAAGGAAGCUGGCCCAGAGUGCCCUGAAGACCUUCUCUGUGUCCUCCUCCCCGUCCUCUUCCUCCUGCUAUCUGGAGGAGCAUGUGCACAAAGAGGCUGAAUACUUGAUCCAGAAGUUCCUGGAGCAGAAGGGGCACUUUGACCCCUUCAGAUACGUGGUGAUGUCUGUGGCCAACGUCAUCUGUGCCAUUUGCUUCGGAAAGCGCUACGACCAUGAAAAUCAAGAACUACUUAGUAUCGUCACUCUGAGUAAUAAGUUUGGUGAAGUCGUUGCCUCUGGGAAUCCAGCUGAUUUCAUCCCUGUCCUGCAAUACCUGCCCAGUAGCAAGAUAGCAGCCUUCAAGGACUUGAAUGAGAAAAUCACUAACUUCACUCAAAAGUUGGUGAAAGAACAUUACAAGAAGUUUGAAAAGGGCUGCAUCCGGGACAUCACAGAUAGCCUAAUUGAACAAUGCCAGGAAAAGAAGUUGGAUGAGAAUGCUAAUGUCCUGAUGUCAGAAAAGAAGAUUGUGAACACCAUCAUCGAUGUCUUUGGAGCUGGCUUUGACACUGUCACCACGGCCAUUUCUUGGAGUCUCAUGUACCUUGUAGCAAAGCCUGAGAUCCAGAAGAUGAUCCAGGAAGAGCUGGACAUGGUGAUUGGUAGAGAGCGGUUGCCCAAGCUCUCAGACAAACCUCAGCUCCCCUACAUGGAGGCCUUCAUCCUGGAAACCUUCAGGCACUCUUCCUUCCUCCCCUUUACCAUCCCCCACAGCACAACCAGAGCUACGACUUUGAACAAUUUCUACAUUCCCAAGGGACGCUGUGUCUUUGUGAACCAAUGGCAGAUUAACCAUGACCAGAAAAUAUGGGGCGACCCUUCAGUGUUCCGGCCAGAGCGAUUCCUCAGUGCAGAUGGAACUAUCAACAAGGCCCUAAGUGAGAAGGUGAUUAUGUUUGGUCUGGGGAAAAGGAAGUGCAUUGGAGAGACUAUUGGCCGGUGGGAAGUAUUCCUCUUCCUGGCCAUCCUGCUGCAUCAGAUGGAGUUCAGUGUCCCCUCUGGAGUGAAGGUGGACUUGACCCCAAUCUAUGGGUUGACCAUGAAGCAUGCCCCCUGUGAGCACUUUCAGGCUAAGCUGCGCUCCUAAAGGCUCCAGGAUAUGAUGCUGUGGUUUUCCCUGGCCCGCCCCAAUGGACUGGAGGGAGGCUUCAAGCUAAAGCUGAUGAACACUUGGCCAGUUCUGGUGCUCUGACUGCUGGCACCGUGAUGUUAUUGCCUAGAGAGGGGCUGCUUCAGCGUCCAAUCCCUGGCAUUCCUCCUGGCUCCCAAGAGCUUACCCUCUCUUAACACAUGGGCUUGACACUCCACUAAUAGAAUGCUUUUAUGCUGUUCUUUGGUUUAAGAGGUCUGGCUGGGGACAAGAGAGUCCCUGGGCCUCUGAAAACUUCAGGCAAGGUCUUUGAGAACUCUUCGAGAAGAGAGAAGACAUGAGACCAGCCAUCAGAAUUGGCCCAUUCCGUCAGGUUAUGAGCAGAUUUGCUCCACUUUGCAGAAAAGAAGGAAACUUUGAGUCCUUUUCCAGGCAAAUCAAGGUGGCUUCAGGGAAGAGACCUGCCAGGUGGGAAAUCAGUAGAUAGAGCAUGUCUUCAUAGUCGACACUGGGCCAAUCCCAGCUUCAGAAAAAAAUGCUCCAUAUCACUACAAGAUGAGCAAGUCAUGGACCAGAACCUUUCUUAUAGUAGUAUGGGUCCAGUAAGCUCCUACAAGUCCAAUAUAGGUCUUAUUGGCCCAGUGAGCUCCACAGGGAGGGCCAACUUCCUUCCACCUUCACCAUGAGCACUUGUCUUCUCUUUUUCACAUUAAAAAAAAUUGCUUUAUUAAUGCUAUUUUAAUAGUAUUUCCCCCCAGUUACAU